AUCGCAUAUUUUUGCACACCUCGCUAUAAGUUUCUCAACCAACGCGCCCUUUUGCACCCAUCUCUCGCUCUCUCCCUCAUCGCCUUUCACACGAGCCAUGGAGUGUGCAAAAUCCUGUCUUUAUAGAUGCAUGCGUCUCGAAACAACAUUCUCUCCUACAAACGCUUUCCACUCCACGUGUGUUGGACAACUGUGAAGAAGCCUUUUGUGAAUUUUUGGCCCAUCCAACAACUUGUCGAGUUUUAAGUUAAUUUAUUCUGUGUGUGCCAGGUUCACCGGUGAUAUGAGGAGAGUGUGUGUGGACUCGGAUCGCUAGGAAGGAUUCGUGUUGUUUGGGUAUUUCGCGUCGCGACAUCGUUGUGACCCAACUCCUGGUAUUGGACGAAUUGGUUGGACGUUAACCAGCAGAACUAGGAAAUAUCCUUGGUGAAGUGUGUCGUGUUCGGACAUUGGCUAUUGCUGUGACAAAAAUCCCGAUUUUGGACAUUGAGACAAUAUUUUCGUGGCAAAAGUCCAGUGUUCAAGUCAGUGACUUUUUUGGUGACAAAAGUCCAGUGCAACGAGGACAGUGACAAUAUUUCUGUGUCAGAACCUUGGACUUAGUGUUGGAUCAGUGAUUGUUCUGGUGACAAACGACUCUUGCUUGGUCGCAGUGGUUUUUUCCAUGACAGACGCCCUGCCAGAAAUGUUCAAACAUUGACUUUGAUAUAUAUUUGUGUGACAAAAUCCUGUGUUGGGACGAGGACAGUGACAUUAUCGGGCAACAAACGUCACACUUAUUCCCACAAAGGCACGGUUCUUGCGUCACAUCACAACAGAGACGUGAGUAGUGAGUAGUCAUCAUCACCCUGUGCGUUGCCGACUGGUGAGUAAAUUUACGCACCAAACGCCUCCUGAAAACUGAGAUGGAAGGGAAAGGAUCCGAUUCCGACGGUCAGGCGCUGCAGCUUAGAGACACUGACCACCACCCAUUAGGAAGGAAACCGCCGCGAGGAGGUGGGGAUGGUGGCCCGAGGAGCCAGCACUUUGCCACCACGGAGACACGGGUCAGCGAGGACAAGAAGAAAGUGACGUACAUCCUGCAGACCUCGGACUCCUUCACCCAGGAUGAGUGGUCUUCUGGCCCACAGUCUGGCUAUCAUAUCGGACGCAGCUCAUUUGUUGACAGACUUUGCCAGUUUCAUGAUCAGUCUAGUGGCUCUCUACCUGGCUAACAGACCUGCCACUAAGAAACUAAGUUUUGGCUGGUAUCGGGCAGAGAUCCUUGGAGCGUUCACCUCCAUCCUGAUGCUAUGGGUGCUGACGGGCAUCCUGGUCUAUUCAGCCGUGAACAGAGUCAUUGAUGACGACUACACCAUAGACGCUACUGUCAUGCUCAUCACUGCCGCCACUGGGGUCGCUUUCAAUAUACUCCUGGGUACCACGCUCCACCAGCACACCCACAGUCACGGAGGUGGGGGUCACGGACACUCCCAUGGAGGUCAAGGUCACUCCCACGGGGGUCAUGGUCAUGGUCACAGUCAAGGUCAUCGGCGACCUUCAGCACCUCUAGCGUCGAGCAACGCCACGCCGUCUUACGGCAGUGUGGACAACAUGGAACGAGGGAACAAUAUUGGCGUUGUUGUGGAUUCGAACACUCCGCUCUUGGGUGCUGACGCCAGCGAUGAGAGUAGCGAGUCGCACGGUCACAGCCACAACUCCAACAUCAAUGUCAAGGCUGCGUUCAUUCACGUGAUCGGAGAUCUGUUUCAGAGUGUGGGGGUGCUGGUUGCAGCCUUCAUCAUCUACUUCAAGCCGGAGUGGAAGAUCGCCGACCCAAUCUGCACGUUCAUGUUCUCCCUGUUUGUCCUGGUCACUACAGUCACCAUCAUGAGGGAUAUCGUGGUUGUGCUUAUGGAAGGUACCCCUCGAGGCAUCAAUUUUGCCGAGGUGCGCGACACGUUCUUUGAGAUUCCCGGGGUGCUGGACAUCCACAACCUGAGGGUCUGGUCACUCACCAUGGACAAGGUGGCCCUGUCUGUGCAUCUAGCUAUCGACAAGCGCUCCGACCCGCACAGAGUCCUCAAGCUGGCGUCGCGCGCCAUACAACGCAAGUUCAACAUCUCGGAGACCACCAUGCAGGUGGAGGAGUACGUCACUGACAUGGUGGACUGCAGCGACUGUAAGGGGCCUUAGGAAUGUUCUGAGCUUAGGACUGACCAGAGCCCAGGACUUAAGACUGACCAGAGCUUAGGACUGACCAGAGCCCAGGACUUAGGACUGACCAGAGCUUAGGACUGACCAGAGCCCAGGACUUAGGACUGACCAGAGCUCGGGACUUAGGACUGACCAGAGCUCGGGAUUUAGGACUGACCAGAGCUUAGGACUGACCAGAGCCCAGAACUUAGGACUGACCAGAGCUUAGGACUUAGGACUUACCAGACCUUAGAACUUAAGACUUACCGGAGCUUAGGACUGACCAGCAGGGCCUACCCACAACUGACCAGAGCCCAGGACUUAAGACUGACCAGAGCUCGAGAUUUAGGACUGACCAGAGCUUAAGACUGACCAGAGCCCAGGACUCAAGACUGACCAGAGCUUAGGACUGACCAGAGCCCAGGACUCAAGACUGACCAGCAGGGCCUACCUAGGACUGACCAGUACCCUGGACUGACCAGAGCUUAGGACUAACCAGAGCUUAGGACUGACCGGUACCCAGGACUGACCAGAGCUUAGGACUGACAAAAACCCAGGACUGACUGCUGUCCAAGUCUGAUAAGCUCAUAAGACUGACCAGAACUAGCCAAAACCAAGGACAGACCUAAAACCAAGGGUUAACUAAAACCAGGGAAAGAUGACAAGAUGACAAUGGGAAGGAGGGGGAGUGGUCAUCCUCGGCCCAAUUUUAGCCGACGUUGUUUGUGAACGGUCCCUAAGAGUGACCAGGACUUAGUACUGACAAGAAACUUGGACUGACCAGAGCCUAAAAAUGACCCGAAUAGAACCUAAGGCUGACUCGAGGCCCAUGCUGGUGUUUUUUGUGUUUUUUGUGUUUUUUUGUGUUUUUUUCGGGGGGG